CAGGACCCGGCAAUGAGAGCGCGAGGUGUGUUUGUGUUCGAGUUACACACACACACACACACACACACACACACGCAUAAAUCAUGUUUAUUAUGUGCUUCUGAUGCUGCAGUGAGUUAUUCCCACAGACGCUGAUGUGCUGAGCGACAGAGACAGAAGUUAAACCUCCAGACUCCAGUGUCGCGUCUGAGUCGAAAAUGGACAGAUGUCACGUCAGUACCAUGUGCAUCAUCUGCACCGUCGUGUCCGUCAUGUCCCUGUCCAUCAUCGUCGGUCUGUGGACGUUCCAGUUUCUUUCUUUUUCCGAACAGACGAGAUCUCGCACCGCUCGGUCGGACGGCUGCCCUACUCCUGAAUGUCCACUUCUUCCCGUUUCUUACGAGGUCAAGUCAUGGCCGGACGCUGAAGGUCUCCACAUCUUCACAGGAAACUCCAGCGUGGUGUUCGAGUGUGUGAAGGAGACGGAUCUCAUCCUGAUUCACGCCAACAAGCUGAACCUGACCUCUGAGGCCACGCUGAGCACGCUCCAUGGCUCUCCUGCGCCGUCCAUCAAGUCCACCAACAAAACCGCCGGCGAGUCCCGGUGUCUCGCUUUCUACCUGAGCGGGAAAUUAAAAGCAGGAGAGCGGUACCGACUCCACGCCGGGUUCAGAGCAGAACUGACUGAACAUCUGGGAGGAUUUUACAGGAAGGAGUACCAACAUGGAGUUAAGAAGACUGUGGUCUCCAGGUCGAGGCGUCACACACAACCAACACACACUAACACACACACACCUGGGAUGUUCCUGUGCUGCGACGAGACGAAGACGAAACCCGAGUCCCAUAUCAGCCUCCUGCAGGAGCGAGGAACUGUCACUAAUGCAGAGCAGAUCGGCUCUGCUGAUGAUGAAACUCCCCCCUACAACGAUGGGGCUGCCCGGUCUCCGCUCCUGGUUGGCCUUCUGUAUGGACUGACCGUUAGCCGGAGCCAGCAGGUUCUCCCUGGACGGAGCCGUGAUGAUGAUAGUGGGCGGGGCCCGGGGACAGGAAGGAGAUAAAAAUGAUGGUGAUGAUGUGACUUUGUCCUGGGGCUGCUGUGAUGAAACAGCUUCAUGUACUGUAAAAAAAACAAAAACAAAAAACAAAACAAAGUGUACUCUUAAUACAGAGAUUAUACACCUUCUUAGAAUAAAUGUCUGUCUGUGUUCGUCUUGAGGGAAGAGGCACUGAACACUCUAAUAAACACUGAACACUUCACUGAACACCCCACACACUUUCUGGAAGAGUGACAAAAACAAAUUACGAAAGAAAAAGCUUGUUCGCCUUUGGCACAAUGUUUUGUGGAAACCAAAACCCUGAAAACACCGUCCUCACUGUGACACAUGAUGGUGGUAUCACUGUGAUGUGGAGAUUCUGAAACUGGUCAGGAGUGAGGUUGAGAUCAAUUCAAUUCAAUUCAGAAACCUUUUAUUUUAUCCCCAGGAGUCAAUUUAAGGCACGCAGAGUAGUUAAAAAAAGAUCAGUGCAAAUACAAAAUGAAAUAAAAUAACAUGAAUAAAAUACAAUUGUUGUAAUGAUGAUAAAUGGAAUAAGUUUGUUAGUGGAAAACGCUUUGAGUAAACAUCUGUAUAAAAUAUCCGUAAAGGUAA